AUGUAUCCGACGGUUAUCGCAAGUGUAAUUGUAUUGCUCAUUCUCCGCCUGGUGCUGGCGUUCUACCUCGCGCGCCAGAAAGUAUGGAAGCUCCAAAGGGCAAACCUGCCCAUGCCAGACUUCAAACUCCUGGCCGGUCACUUUGGCGCCCUGAAACAAACAAUCCAGGGAAUGCCGCCAAAUGCAACUCUGCACAGCAUCAUGCUUAAGCUCUCCCAGCAAUUCCCCUCGGGCAUGUUCUAUAUCAACAUGUGGCCGUUCAGCGGCACAUGGCUGAUAGUCGCGACCCCAUCAGCAGCAAUUCAGAUCCAGAGUCUGAAUCUCACUAAGCCGGAUAUACUGCGAAAGCCCUUGGAGACGAUAACGGGAGGUCCUAGUUUGAUCAGUAUGCAUGGAGAGACGUGGAAACGGUGGAGGGCGUUGUUUAAUCCAGGGUUUAAUCCAGCAUACUUGAUUGGGCUGGCGCCGCAUAUUGCAGACGAGGUUGCGGUUUUCUGCGAGCAGUUGAGGAAGAAGGCCAGAGAGCGCGAGAUGUUUCUGCUUGAGCCUCUCACGCUGAGGUUAACUGUUGAUACUAUUUGCUCUGUUACACUCGACGCGCAGCUCCAUCAUCAGACAAAAGACCAUCCCCUGGCGAUAGCACUACAGCGACAGAUUGAAUGGACUUCCUUUGGAACGACCUUCAACCCCUUCAAGCGCUAUCUCACUAUCCGACCACUGGUGCUGUGGUACAACAACCGCCUGAUGAACCAAUUUAUCAACCAAGAGAUCGAUCGAGCGUACCAUGAGCAAUCGGGCCAGCCAUCCAAGUCCGUGAUCGCGCUCGCUCUCAGGCAGUAUCUGAAAGAGCAAACCAACGGAAACACUGCUCAGUCACUAAAGGACUUCAAACGGCGCGUCGCGCCCCAGUUGCGCGUCUUCCUCUUCGCUGGGCGAGACACAACAAGCAGCACUCUGCUGUAUACCUUUUAUCUCCUUUCGAAACACCAAGAGAUCCUGGAAAAAGUCCGCGCAGAACACGACAAUGUUUUCGGGAAAGAUCAUCAUCAGGCACGGAAUCGAAUCCGCGAGGACGCGCAGCUUCUUAACCAACUCCCGUACACAGUCGCUGUGAUAAAAGAGACCCUCCGCCUGUUCCCACCAUCGGCCUCAAUGCGCGAGGGCAGAGAGGGCGUUGAAAUAGUCGGUGACGACGGCCAGCGCUAUCCCACCACCGGCUGCAAUGUCUGGACGCUGACAGUUGCCCUCCACCAUAACGGCAACCACUGGAAGGAGGCAGAGUCGUUUAUCCCUGAGCGGUGGCUCGUCGGGCCAGAGGAUCCCCUAUAUCCGGUUAAAGGCGCCUGGAGGGCGUUUGAGUUCGGCCCCCGGGGCUGCAUUGGGCAGACACUUGCGCUGCUGGAGCUCAGGAUUGCACUUGUGAUGACCCUGCGGGAGUUUGAUAUCACGCCUGCCUAUGAUGAGUGGGAUGGCUUGCACCCGCGGGAAUUCGUUAAACAGGUAAAUGGGCAUCGUGCGUACCAAGCGGAGAAGGGGGGAGGGGGAGCUCAUCCUGCUGAUGGUGUACCAUGUCGAGUUACCUUGCGGAAGUAG